AUGACUACCAAACCUAAGGUUCUUCUUGUUGGUAUGGGUGGUGUUGGAACCAUUGUUGCUUAUGGUAUCCAAUACACCGGAAAGGCAGACGUUACUGCUGUUGUUCGUUCCGAUUACGAUACCCUUACUACUCAAGGGUUCGACCUCGAGUCCGUGGAUUACGGAAACGUCAAGGGUUUCCGUCCAACCAAUGUUUACAAGAGCGUUGACGAUGCGGUUUCCAAACACGGUCCGUUCGACUACGUUGUGUUCUCCAUGAAGAACACCCCAGACAUCCAGCCUAUCGAGCCGCUCAUUGAAAAGUGCUACCACGAAGGUAUCGGAAUUGUCCUAAUGCAGAAUGGUUACGGUAUUCACAAAUCUGUGUUGAAAAAAUUCCCCACCGCAUACGUUAUUUCCGGCGUGUCGAUGAUCUCAUCGACACUGUACGGCCGGGUGAUCAAGCACGUUGGCCAGGACGCCGUCAAGGUGGGUGUUUGCGACAACGGCAAGCUAGACUAUGCCAAGCAGGAGCAGAAAUGUAAGGACUUUAUUGAUCUCUACAGCAACGACAAGAACGACAUCGUCUACGACGAGGACGUGAACUACUCGAGAUGGAGAAAGCUCGUGUACAACGCCACGGUCAACUCUACCGCCGCGCUCACCAACGUGGACAUUGGCAGACUCGAGCUGUUUGGAGGUAUCGACUCGAUCGUUCGUCCAGCCAUGAAAGAGAUCCUUGCCAUUGCCAAGAGCGACGGCGUGGACCUGCCAGAAUCCAUCAUCGACUUCAUGAUCCGGUCCGAUGACGGUGAAUGGUACCCUCCUUCGAUGCUCAUCGACAUCAGAAAGGGUAACUACACCGAGUACCAGGUCAUUGUUGGUAACGCUUUGGAUGUGGCCAAGCAGAACAACGUUCCUGCUCCAACGCUCACUGUGUUGUACAACCUGUUGCACGUGAUCCAGUGGCGCACCAUGGAGGCAAAGGGCCGUUUUGUUCUGCCUGAAAAACGUCCCCUACCGGAGGACAAUUUCCACAUAGAAUUCAAGUAA